GUCAUCUCGCUCCUCCUACGAAAUACACAAAAUCUACUUAGCCGCGGGAAAACGCGCGUUUAUAUAUCAUUUGCACGUUAUUGUUUACAUAAUUGUGCAGAUAUUAUUUAAAAAUUCAUCAAUUUGAUUGUAUUACUUUUUUUUGGCUUUUUCUGUUUCCGUCGUCUUUUUUCACACAUAACAACAUGCUUCCUGCGUGCAUAACAGUUGCUGGAUCCGAUUGCAGCGGUGGCGCUGGUAUUCAGGCAGAUUUGAAGGUGUUUUCUGCACAUUCCGUAUACGGCAUGAAUGCAGUAACUGCAAUCACUUCUCAGAACACAGUUGGAGUAAACGGUGUUUUUCCAGUUCCUCCUGCAGUGGUCAAGAAGCAGAUCGAAGCUUGCUUGACGGAUAUCGAAUGCAAUGUCUUGAAAACUGGAAUGUUGUUCACAAAAGAGAUCCUUGAUGUACUCAUUGAUGUUAUAAAUAAUUUCCACAUAAAACAUGUUAUUGCUGACCCCUUAAUAUCUACGAAAAAAGGAAUGCUUUUGGUGAAACCGGAGUAUGUUAAGGUGUUUGUUACAAAGUUUAUUCCUCUUACUGAGCUUAUUACACCAAAUUUGUCAGAGGCGCUCAUCUUACUGAAGCAAUUGACAGGUGAAACAAUAGGCGUUCACAAUGCUUCAGAUGUCGAGCUCAUUGCCAAAAAAUUAGUUGCCGCAGGAUGCAAAAGUGUCCUGAUUAAGUGUAAUAACUUGUGGUUCGACGAUGAUUUGAAGUGUACCUCAAACAAAGAUUCCGCAGUUUGGUUUGUGUACGUCUAUGGCGAUGCAAAAACUUCAAAGAUUAUACCAAAAAAGUGGCUUGCCGCCAGAUCCGCUCACGGCACGGGUUGCACGUUGGCCUCGGCAAUUGCUGCAAACAGAGCAAACGGUCUUUCAUUGUAUGACGCUGCGCUUAAUGCUGCUGCUUAUGUGCAGGCCGCAUUGGAGAAGAGUUUUCAACUUGGCCAUGGUGCAAACUCUCUAGAUCAUGUUUUCGCCAUGUCCCAUAUAUCAUCCAUGAACAUUUCGUUCGUCUCUUACCUGCGGCAUCAUCCCUCUGUAAUUUCUCAUUGGAACGUCGUAAUGACCCAUCCGUUUGUGAACCAGUUAAAGGAAGACAAGUUGCCGUUGAACCUCUUUCAGAUGUAUCUCAUCCAAAAAUAUCAGAUGCUCAUGAGCAAUGCUCGUUCGACAGGCCAGUUGGCGUUUUCCUCUUCUAGUUUAACUGCCAUUGAAUACAGCGCAAAAAUCAUUCAAGAGAUCAAGGACAACAGCACUUCCUAUCUUGAUCUCUGUGAACGUUUCCAAUUAUCGAAAUCACAGGUAACGGACACCGCUCUAAGUGCUCCCUGCCAGGCUUACGCCGAAUUUCUCAUCGACGUUAGCCAGCAAUACGGAUUGUUGGGAGUUGAAGUCGCUCUUCUGCCUUCCAUCCUUACUGUUUCAGAGGUCUGCAAAUCUAUUAAAGUGACUGAUGAUUUCAAAUUUAGGGACUGGGUAGACCAUUAUCAACAGUACCCCAACUUCAUUCAUCCUGCAGCCAUCACUGAACAUUUAGAAGAGCAGGUUUCGCGGCUUUUACCUCAACAAUCAUCGAAACUCAUUGGCGUUUUGUCUGAAAGCUUGGAUCAUUUACGGUCGAUGCUUGAUUAUUGUUUAAAACACCCUUUUAGUCCGUAGGUGCCCCUUAUUCCACCCGGCAAAGUCCGUUUCUCUUCCGCCAUUCUUUAAAUCUACUACUUGGAAUUUAUAUCUGCAUCAUACAAAGGAUUGUAUGUUUGCUUGUUAUUAUAGUUUUGUUUUGUUAUGUCGUAUAGAGGUUAGUUAGAAAAUGGACAGAAGCACCAAUUCGCCUUUCAGCUAGUAUGGUAUGGAGCUCUGCAUCAGUGCGUGUCAAUUCGUUCGUUAACCAUGCUCAAGACAAGUAUGUAUAUAUAAUAAUCAUUUAGUCUAUGGACACUAUUACUCCCAACCCGUUGUGGUUGAGUACUGUCUAGCAUUCUUUCAUACGAAUUAAUAGAUGUACGAUAAGCCUCCAACCAUUGUACAUUGAAUUUGUA